UGAAGAUCUGGAAACACUUGUACUGACCAGAGAGAAAGGUCAUCAGGUUGUAGAGAUGUGUUUCAUCUGGUGUAAUACAAUGACUCCAGCUUCCCAUGUUGGUUGAUGAAGGGUUUGUUGAGAAGAUCAUGUUUGGUAUUCCUCACAAUCCUUGUAUCUAAGGGAUGAAUUCUUGAGGUGGUGCUAAGAGAAGAUCAUGUUUGUUCUGUUGUGAAUACCUAUGAGAAGAAUCACGGAUAGGAAUAGAAAGGAACUCUAUGGGUAACUCUUGUUGUUGGAAGAUCAUUGGUCAACCAUGGUAAAACUUGCCAACCCACUUUACACAGAGUGGAUUCUUGAAGCUAUACAAAAAGUAAAAAGGCAGAAGCAGAGGCCAUCUGAAGAGAGAAUUUGUCAUGCAGUUUGUGCAUCCCAUGGCUUAGAUAAGAAGACCGUUUCUGAACAGUUGGAGCUGAGUGUCCAAGAUGGUUCUGUUCUCAAAGUUACCAACAAAGGCCUUGCUUCCUACAAGGACCCAGAUAAUCCUGGGCGUUUUUCAUCUCUUAAACUGGACGACAUUCCUAAACCCACUAAAGGAUCCAGGGGAACGUGUAACGAGCUUCGAAACGUGGAUUGGAAUAAACUUCUACGAAGAGCCAUUGAGGGGCUUCAGGAACCAAAUGGAUCUUCUCUCCGAAACAUAGAAAAAUACCUGAGAAGUCAGCAUGAUCUUGCAGGUAUUUUCAACAACCCUGUCUUUCAGCGGAGAUUACGACUGGGGGCCAAACGUGCUGUCAAUAAUGGGAGAUUAUUGAAAGAAGGACCUCAAUACAGGGUGAACUAUGGCGGCCUGGACAGCCGGGGGACAUAUAAAUACAGUUCGUUUCCAGCAUCUCUCCCACCUGUCAGUCUUUUGCCUCAUGAAAAAGACCAGCCACGGGCUGAUCCCAUUCCAAUAUGUAGCUUCUGUUUGGGGACAAAAGAAUCAAACCGUGAGAAAAAGCCAGAAGAACUCCUUUCCUGCGCUGACUGUGGUAGCAGUGGGCAUCCAUCCUGUCUGAAAUUUUGUUUGGAGUUAACAACAAACGUGAAGGCCUUAAGAUGGCAAUGUAUUGAGUGCAAGACAUGCAGUGCCUGCAGAAUCCAAGGCAAAAAUGCAGAUAAUAUGCUUUUCUGUGACUCUUGUGAUAGAGGUUUCCAUAUGGAGUGCUGUGACCCACCACUUUCUCGAAUGCCAAAAGGUAUGUGGGUUUGCCAGGUCUGCAGACCAAAGAAAAAAGGAAGGAAGUUGCUUCAUGAAAGAGCUUCACAGAUAAAGCGACGCUACACAAAGCCUAUUGGACGACCAAAAAAUAAACUAAAGCAACAAAUGUUGUCUGUUACCAGUGCUGAAGGAUCCAAGAAUGCAUUCCCAGGAAGGGGGUCACCUGGUAGGGGUCAAAAGACUAAAGUCUGUACCACACCUUCAUCUGGUCAUGCUGCAUCUGUGAAGGAUUCAAGCAGCAGAUUGGCUGUUACAGACCUCACCUGGCCUGGUGCCACCGCCACCAAAAUCACCACCAUCACCUCCACCUACAUACCUGCCGCUACCCUUAACGUUAACAAGAAAACCCAAGGGCUCAUUGAUGGCCUUACUAAGUUUUUUACACCAUCACCCGAUGGUCGCAGAUCACGAGGUGAAAUAAUAGACUUUUCAAAGCAUUAUCGUCCAAGGAAAAUGGCCUCUCAGAAACACUCCUGUACUUCUCAUGUGUUGGCUACAGGUACCACACAAAAACUAAAACCUUCUUCACUUCCACCCCCAGCCCCCAUCUCUGGUCAGAGCCCUAGUUCACAAAAAUCCAGCACCUCCAUCUCUUCUGGUUCUCCCCAGAGUUCCUCCAGUCAGUCAAGCACACUCUCCUUUAGCAGCCUUCCUAAUCACAGUCAGCUAAAGGGACUUUUUGAUGGACUUUCUCAUAUUUAUGCCGCUCAGGGACAGUCUCGCCAAAAGGGGCAGCCAUGUUAUGCCCCGCCCAAGCGUUUACAUCGUGAAGCAGCACUCUCCUCCACACCCAAGUCUAAUACUGCUUCCUAUGGAAAGAAAGAGAUUAGCAGUAGGCUGGUUCCUCCUUCCACCACCACAGGGUGGGGUGUGUCUAGAGGACAUGCUUUUAAAGCAGUUGCUCACUUCAAGCAGACAACUUUCCUUAAAAAGCGCAUGAUUCUAGGCAGAUUAAAGUAUAAAGUGACCCCUCAGAUGGGGACCCCCUCACCAGGGAAGGGGAGCUUGGCAGACGGAAGAAUUAAGCCUGAUCAGGAUGAUGGUACAGAAAUCAAAAUAAGCAUCAAACAAGAAAAUUCAGAUCUGUUUGUGGUGGGGAGCAAGAACAUUGUUACAGAAGAAGAUUUGAACAUGUUUAAACAGGCCCAGGAACUUGCAAUGGAGAAGAUAGGUUGUAAAAAUGGUGGAGAAGUAAAUGGACGUUACCCUUCUGUGAUAGAAUUUGGAAAAUAUGAGAUCCAGACUUGGUACUCCUCACCUUAUCCACAGGAAUAUGCAAGACUAUCAAAGCUUUUCUUGUGUGAAUUCUGUCUUAAAUACAUGAAAAGUAAAAAUAUCUUGCUAAGGCACGCAAAGAAGUGUGGCUGGUUUCAUCCUCCAGCCAAUGAGAUCUACAGGAGGAAGGACCUUUCGGUGUUUGAGGUUGAUGGGAAUAUCAGCAAGAUUUAUUGCCAAAACCUUUGCUUGCUAGCAAAGCUCUUUCUUGACCACAAAACCUUAUAUUACGAUGUUGAGCCAUUCCUUUUCUAUGUUCUCACAAAGAAUGAUGAAAAAGGGUGCCACUUAGUUGGAUACUUCUCUAAGGAGAAGCUCUGCCAGCAGAAGUAUAACGUCUCCUGCAUCAUGAUCAUGCCCCAGUACCAAAGGCAAGGAUUUGGAAGGUUCCUCAUCGAUUUCAGUUACCUACUUUCUCGAAGAGAGGGACAGGCAGGAUCACCUGAAAAGCCACUGUCUGAUCUUGGCCGUGUCUCAUAUUUGGCUUAUUGGAAAAGUGUCAUAUUGGAAUAUCUUUACUGCCACCAUGAGAAGCAGAUCAGCAUCAAGGGGAUGAGCCGAGCCACUGGGAUGUGUCCCCAUGACAUUGCUACCACCCUCCAGCACCACAGCAUGAUUGACAGGCGAGAAGAAAAAUUUAUGGUAAUUAGAAGGGAGAAAUUGAUCUCCCGUCACAUGGAGAAACUGAAAAGCAAUCCACGCAUCAAUGAAGUAGACCCAGAAAGCUUGAGGUGGACUCCUCUUCUAGUUCCGAAUGCAGCGGUUUCUGAGGAAGAGAGAGAAGCUGAAAAAGAGGCUGAGCGACUGAUGGAGCAAGCAAGUUGCUGGGAGAAAGAAGAGCAAGAGCUGUACUCCACAAGAAGCGGUAGGCAGUUGCCUGCAAAAGCGCAGUCUAAAAGCAAGUAUUUGCGACCUCAAGAAGGUGUAACUGUAGUAAUGGAGAGAGAUAAGUCCACAGACCUACCAAAAGAAAGCAGUGGAGAGGAGGAAGAGGAGGAGGAAGAAGAAGAAGAGGAGGAGGAGGAGGAGGUGGAGGAAAAGGAAGAAGAGGAGGAGAUGGAUGGACGUCAUCAGAAUUCUCCUCCAAGGCUGGCAAAGCCCCAGUUGCUUGCUAUGAAGAGAAAGAGACCUUUCAUAUUGAAAAAGAAAAGGGGUCGUAAACGCCGAAAGAUUAAUAGCAGUGUCACAACGGAGACAAUUUCUGAAACCACCGAAGUUUUAAAUGAACCCUUUAAUAACUCAGAAGAAGAGCAGCCGAUGACACAGCUGGAAUCGGCUUGUGAGACAGAUGGAGAAAAUGACCAAGUGAAGGCUUGUCUUCAAGCAGCGUUCCAGCAUCAGUCUGGGGAAGAGGAAGAAAAUGAACAAGAUGAAGAGGAGCAGGAGAAAGACAAUCGAUGUUACCGGAACGAUAGUCCAUGCAGAGUUAUCACUGAAGAGGAUGUAGAUGUCCUGAAAGAAAGCAGUAAAGACAAUCUUGAGCCAGUGAUGCGUAAGCAGGGAUGGCCUAAAAGUGUGAAGCAGUGUUCAUCCAGGCGGAGGCAGGCUAAAGAGAGAAAACCGGGGUUUAAACUUAAUUUGUACACUCCACCUGAGACUCCUAUGGAGCCUGACUCUCAGGGGAAGGGAGAGGAGACAGAAGAGGUGGCUGAAAGUGACCCAUGCCAAGCUUCUUCUGUUUCAGAAAAAGUGAAAAACUCAGAAGCCAUUUUCUCAAAUGAGGAUGAAGGAAGAGAUUUGGUGUCUGAGUAUCUAGAGCUUCCCCGGGCAGAAAAUGUAGAUGAAGUAGAUGAAAGCAACAUAGAAAUGGAAAGUGUGAAUAGUUGUCAAGUUAAGGACCAACAAGAGGAGAGAAUACUGGAGAAAGAUGAGCCUGAGCUUUUAGAAGAACAUGAGGAGAACAAACAGUCUUGUAAUGAGGAACAUGAUGCUGAUGAUGAGGAUGAAAGCCACGUAGAUUCAGAAGAAAGGGAAACUGAGGAGGUAGCCUCAGGAGAAGCUUUUAAAGAAGUACUUGAGAAUCAAGAACCUUUUUUAGAUACUGAGGAACAGAAUGGCAGGCCAGAUGAGAUGGGUUUAAUGGACUGUAAAGUCGAUCUUUCGCCCAAGUGUAACAGCGACCUUAAAGAGCUUCCUGCUAUUCUGGACUCUGUGUCUGAUUCAAGAGAUGAAAACACAGAAAAUUCAAAUGAAGCCAGCAGUAAUGAACUCAGCUGUGUAUUCAAGGACACAAAUUCAGAAACUCUGGAAAUAGACUCUGAGACGAUCCAGGCGGUUAAGUCUUUAACCCAGGAAUCAGUGGAGCAGGAAGACGUGUUUCAGGAUUGUGCGGAGACUCAAGAGGCAUGUCAGAGCCUGCAGAAUUACUCCAAUACCGGCCAAAGCCCACAGGCAGCUUCGUUAGAUGACUGUCAGCAGUCGGAUCACAGCAGUCCUGUUUCAUCUGUCCAGUCUCAUCCAAGCCAGUCAGUUCGUUCUGCUAACAGUCCAAAUGUGCCUGCACUAGAAAACAGUUACGCCCAGAUGAGCUCGGAUCAGAGUACCGUCUCAGUGUCAUCCCUGCAGAACAUGGAAACCAGUCCCAUGAUGGAUGUUCCGUCUGUCUCUGACCAUUCCCAGCAGGUUGUUGAUAGCGGAUUUAGUGAUCUGGGCAGUAUUGAGAGCACAACAGAGAACUAUGAAAACCCGAGCAGCUAUGACUCCACCAUGGGCAAUAACAUCUGUGGGAACAACGCCUCGCAAAACAGCUGUUCGUACAGCACUCUCACGUCGAGUAACAUGACCCAGAGUAGUUGUGCUGUGACCCAGCAGAUGUCGAACAUGAAUGGGAGCUGCAGCAUGAUGCAGAGCACGAGCAUCAACUCUCCCCCGCCUUGCAACGUGAAAUCCCCCCAAGCCUGUGUGAUUGAAAGGCCUCCGAGCAGCAACCAACAGCUCUCGCAGUGUAGUAUGGCGACCAACUUCAGCCCGCCUCUUCAGUUAAGCGAAAUCACAGAGGCUGGCAGUGCCAAUGUUGGCUUGUAUGAAAGAAUGGGCCAAGGGGAGUUUGCAGCAGGGCAUUAUCCACAGCCCUCUGCCACCUUCAGCCUGGCUAAACUGCAGCAGUUAACCAAUACCUUGAUGGACCAUUCGUUGCCUUACAGUCAUUCAGCUGCUGUCACUUCGUAUGCAAAUAGUGCCUCUCUGACAACUGCUCUCAGCAGCACCGGACUGGUCCAGCUUUCUCAGCCUUCCCACCCAGUUCCAGGAGGAGGCCAAGUCCAGGCUACAAUGACUCCGCCCCCUAACCUCACUCCUCCCCCAAUGAAUUUGCCGCCUCCCCUUCUGCAGCGUAACUUGGCUACAUCUAAUGUUGGCCUGUCCCAUACCCAAAGACUACAGACUCAGAUGCCUGGCAAGGGCCACGUUUCCAUUAGAACUAAGUCAUCGUCUCUGCCUCCAGCUGCGGCCGCCCAUCAACCACAGCUCUAUGGGCGCACCUCGCAGACUGUGGCCAUGCAAGGGCCAGCACGCACCUUAACCAUGCAGCGUGGCAUGAACAUGAGUGUGAAUUUAAUGCCGACUCCUGCUUACAAUGUCAAUUCGGUGAAUAUGAACAUGAAUACAUUGAAUGCUAUGAACGGUUAUAGCAUGUCUCAGCCAAUGAUGAAUGGCGGGUACCACACCAAUCAUGGUUACAUGAAUCAAACCGCUCAGUACCCCAUGCAGAUGCAGAUGGGAAUGAUGGGAACCCAGGCCUAUGCCCAGCAGUCCGUGCAGACCACCCCGCACAGCAACAUGAUGUAUUCUCCUCCAGCGCACCAUGGCUAUAUCAAUCCUAAACAGUCUUUGAACAGCUCCUACAUGCGGAGAUAGGAGCUGAGGCUGCGGAUGCAGCGGGAGGCAGCUGCCGGACCAGGCGAGCCUGCAAGGGGUUGACCUGCACAAACAUGCACUGUUUCAGAGCGUGUGAUUUCAAAACCAGCAAUUGGUGUAAAUGCAAAAAUACUUGUUGUGGCACCAUUAUGAACUGUAUGCAGCAGAAAGCCUUAUAUAGUUUCCUUUAUUCUUAUUUCAUUUGCAAUUUUGCUUUGUUUGCAGUUGGCCGUUUUUUUAUACAACUGAACUUCUGUGGUGUGGGACAACGUGUUGCGAACAUGCAAAAUCAGCCGAGGGUUUACUGCCAUUUUGGAUGUGCCUGCUCCCAUUUGACCCUGGUUCUUCUGGAGUGUAUCUGAUGUUGUGCUGGCUGUCAGCUUUCCUCCUGUUCAAUGAGCCUGCUCCCCCCCCCCACUUCUUCCUCCACCAUGUAAAUGCCUUUUCGCAUUGCAUUCAUGGGUUACUUUGUUCCUCGAGUGGACACUUUCGCAUGCCGCUCUCUUUGUUAGUGACAGUGCAUUUCGUAGUACUGUACAAGUGUUGUGCUUAACAGUAAGCCAUUUCCUUAAUUGGUGGGUCUUUUGCCUUGAUUAGGUUGUCCCUCUUUAAGAGGUAUUAAAAUAUAUAUAUACAUACAUGCAUACAUAUAUAUAUAUAUUUUUGCUAAUUAGAUUUAAAAAGAAGAAAAUGCGUUGAAAGCUAUUCCAGUUUGGAUUUGUUCAGACUUUUGGGUGCAAUUCAUUGCAAACUUCCCCAGUGUGUUACAAUGUGCUUGCACAAAUCUGAUUAACUUUUCUUGGAGCUGACACACAAGAUUAUCGUGAUGGAUUGUAUCUUUGAAUGACAAAUUUUUGAUUAAAGAUUAUUUCCCUUUUUGUUCAGAUAACAGAUUAUUUUCGGUUAAGAAGGAAAAAAAGGCAGCUUACUGUUACACAGGUUUUUUUAGAUACAAACAUUUAUUGUUUGAAUGAAGCAUAAGUGUUUAAUCAAGUUUUUGAAACAUUUUCAUAUGCAGAUAAAUUUGCAGGAUUUUUUUUAAAAAAUUGUGAAUUUGGUGUAAAGUUGCUAUUUUAUGGAAAUGCCUCUAAACUUUACAUUUUCAUUCCAUCUGUAGAUUUUUCUAUCUUUAUAAAAUAUUGGAGUUAUUUUUUAAGAAAAGUAAAUAGAACAGUAGCGUGUGAAUAGAUCAAAUGAAGUUUAAAGAACGCAUGUAAAAAAAGCAAAUGGUAUUUGUGUCUGUUUAUAUGGCUUCUUUUUUUUUUCCUUUUUGGUAGCCUUUGUACUUGUACAGAGUGACAGUAAGAGCCAAAAGUGGCUUGAUCCAUGUAUAAAAAUAGACACAGUGAAACUUCUUGUAUUUAUGUUAACUUUUUAGUCAGUCAUUUAAAUAAAACGAAAACAAGCUGUACAUUUUAACAUGAAAAUAAAUUAUGAGCCAUUUUA